CAACGGGCUAUCUAACUCCUAAACACAACAAAAAAAACCAUCACAGAAGAAAAAAAAAAAGUUAUGACUUGCAGCCAAACACUCCACAACAACCUCAACAAGUACCAAAUCUGCGAAGAAAUCGGUCGGGGUCGGUUCGGCACCGUCACGCGCGUGUACGCGCCGUCGACCGGAGAUCUCUUCGCCUGCAAGACGAUCGACAAGGCUUCUCUCGCCGACGACGCGCUUGACCGCGCGUGCAUCGACAACGAGCCCAAGCUCAUGGCUCUGUUGUCUCCACACCCAAACAUCGUCCAAAUCCAUGACCUAAUCGACACAGUCGAUUCCGUCUCCAUCGUCAUGGAGCUCGUGGAUCCGGCGGUCACGAUCUACGACCGCUUGGUCUCCUCCGGUCCCUUCUCUGAGGCCCAAACGGCGUCGUACGCGAGGCAGAUCCUCUCCGCCGUGUCGCAUUGUCACCGAGUCGGUGUUGUUCAUAGGGAUAUCAAGCCGGAGAAUAUUCUGGUGGAUCUGAGAAACGACAUGGUGAAGAUCUGCGAUUUUGGGUCUGGGAUUUGGUUGGGUGAGGGCGAGACCACCGUAGGCGUCGUGGGUACGCCGUAUUACGUGGCUCCGGAGGUUCUGACGGGGAGGCCGUACGCCGAUAAAGUCGAUGUCUGGAGCGUCGGCGUCGUUCUUUACACUAUGCUCGCCGGAGCUCCUCCGUUCUACGGUGAAACGGCGGAGGAGAUAUUCGAAGCUGUGAUCCGCGGGAAUCUUCGGUUUCCUCCGAAGAUUUUCCGGGGGAUUUCGUCUUCUGCGAAAGAUUUAUUGAGGAAGAUGAUCUGCAGGGAUGUUUCUAGAAGAUUUUCAGCUGAACAGGCACUAAGGCAUCCAUGGAUUGUAAAUGCAGGUGAAACUGAUGCCAGCUUCAUCUGAUCUUUUUAGCAGACAGACAUAAAUAAAAUAAACAAGCCCUCGUAUCGAUAACCGGAGUCGAUAAUCAUAUGGAAUGCCUCUGCAUAUGUAAAUUAGCUUAUCGGCAACAAGAGAGGAGCUGAUGGAGAUGCUUGCUGAAGAUGAGGAAGACGAAGACUUUUGUGGGAGAAUCGCGGCGUCUUUCUUCUGAAUUCUCUCCAAGAAGGGUGUAGAUUUUGAUUUUGUUUAGGGUUUCUUUUUGGGCUGUCUCGUGGUUUUGGGGGUGAGGGUGUAUAUAAGGUUUAGGUAGACCGUAGAGCAGAGGAUUCCGGUCCUGCCCCGCCUUUUACGGGUUUUUUUUUUUUGUUUUGCUCGUUUCUUGGGUGAGUAAAAGAAAGAGAGAGAAAGCAAUGUUAAUAAGUAAUAAUAAUG